AUGAAGAGCCCUCUUAACACAAAGAUUCAAGACGAAGAACAGUCGAUCAAGACUGAAGUCUAUGAUCAUCAUGAAAAUUACACGGAACAGCCCUUCUCUUUCCGAAGUUAUGUAGCGACCAGAUUUACCUCGCUCAAGCCACCUAUGGAAAAUGCUGCCAAUCCAUUCAAGCUUUUGGCUAUGCUAAACUCCCAGCAAUGGGCAUUUCUGGCUGUCUCCUUCCUUGCCUGGUCGUGGGACUCGUUCGACUUUUUCACCGUAUCCCUAACUGUUUCAGAUCUAGCUAAGACCUUUGAUAAGUCUACAACCGAUAUUACUUGGGGUAUCACUUUGGUACUGAUGCUUCGAUCUGUCGGAUCAAUUUUAUUCGGUCUUGCCGCAGAUAGAUAUGGACGAAAAUGGCCAUUCAUUCUCAACCUUUUCCUUUUUAUCGUUCUAGAGCUUGGCACAGGCUUUUGUCAAACUUACAAGCAGUUUCUGGCAGUUCGGGCUCUGUUUGGAAUUGCUAUGGGUGGCAUGUAUGGAAAUGCGGCGGUCACGGCACUUGAGGACUGCCCAUAUGCGGCCCGGGGCCUUGUGUCGGGAUUAAUGCAACAGGGGUAUGCAUUUGGGUAUCUCCUCGCAACAGCUUUUGCACGGGCACUGGUCAAUACCACGAGUCAUGGCUGGCGCCCCUAUUUCUGGUUUGCUGCUUGCCCUCCAGCUCUCAUCAUUCUAUUCCGUCUUUGUCUCCCAGAAACAAAAGCGUUUCGAGAUCGCCAGGCUGCGCGUGAAGAACAAGGAAGUCUCGCUAUAGCUUUCGUUUCUGAAGGAAAGCUUGCUCUGAAGCAUCACUGGCUCUUACUUGUCUACCUCGUCCUGCUAACCACUGGGUUCAAUUUCAUGUCCCACGGGUCUCAAGACCUCUACCCGACAAUGCUAAACAACGAGUCCAAUUUCUCUUCCGAUGCGAUCACAGUAACCCAGGUUGUUGCCAACUUAGGCGCAAUGGCAGGUGGCACGACAGUGGGCUACUGCUCGCAGAUCUUUGGACGACGAUUCAGCAUGAUGGUCGUCUGCAUCAUCGGCGGGGCACUGCUAUACCCCUAUACCUUCGUCCGAAACGAAGCCGUUACUGCAGUGGCAUUCUUCAUGCAAUUUUGUAUCCAGGGAGCCUGGAGUGUUAUUCCUAUCCAUGUCAUGGAGCUAUCGCCUGGUUCAUUCCACACUUUUAUGAUUGGUUGUGCAUAUCAGUUCGGCAACCUCGCCUCCUCUGCAUCUUCAACCAUUGAAGCUAUGCUUGGUGAACGAUACCCGCUUGCACCAUUGACCCAGGCUGAUGGCACUGUCGUAAAGCGGUACGACUACGGAAAAGUCAUCUGUAUCUUUAUGGGUGCUGUUUAUGUCUACAAUAUUCUUCUUAUAUUAAUUGGACCAGAAAAGCGAGGUCAUCACACGAGCAUUGAGCAUGAUUCAGAGAUGACUCAGGCGAUUUAA